AUGGAGACCUCACCUUUGGCGGCUAUGCACCGCCCUAUGGCUGUUCCUUCUUUUGGAAACAAGGAUCUCUUCCGCCCUCGCCCACAUUACACCGGGGGUGCCAGCCUACGCGAACAGCUUCAUCGGUCCAAUGACUACUUCAACGUCAGCGGAUCUUCUCCUGCUGCUAGCUUGGCUGCCGACCUCUCACAGAACUUUCGUCUGGAUACUGAAGCAAGUCCCAAGUUCCCGACUCCUCGUCGUGCUCUGUUCACGUCCAACAUGAUGGGUGACGCUGAGUCUCGCGAUUACAUCUUGACUACGCCUCCGUUGCCCGAUUCUUCGCCUGCUCCUCUCAAUGAGAUGAUGGACGUCUCGCCGCUUCCCCACAAGCUGCCGUUCAUGACCCAGAUUGAGAUAACGUCACCGACGCCAGGAUCGACUCCUACUGGAGAAGACGACGAAAUGAUGUUAGACUCGCCAGCCCCCAUUCCUCGGCAGGCAUCGUUGGAGCCACCCAAGCCACUGGGAGCUGAACGAAGAAAGCCCGGUCUGCGCCGUCCGUCCUUGACUCGAAUGAAAGGCUAUUCCACUAGCGGCGUUCCCGGUCGAUCCAACACAGACAACCAACUCCCCACUUUCCGAUUUGGUGAGAAUCGAUUGACACAUAUGAGCAGUGCUCUGUCCCUGGGAGAAUGCUUUGAGACCACAUCGCCACCUCAGGAACGACGACCUCACACCGCCAACAGCCCUACUCCCGCCGUCCCUGGUGCUAUUCGUCCUCGCCCCCAGUUCUCCAGCCUCUCUGGCAACCGCAGCAGUCCCUUUGGCAGCCAGCACGGCCGCCGACCUUCAAACCCAUUCAUGCGUCCCCGCAAGCAGUUUCGCCGCUCUCUGAGCAUGUUUGAGCACCCCGGUGAUGUGAAGGCCAAAUCGGAGGGCGGUGACUCGUCUCCCACGACCCCCGAGUCCCGCCACAGCAUGGAUGCCGAUGAGAUCCAGGAGCCCAUCCUCCCGCAUUUCCUGGCUGAUGACCCUACCGAUACCAUCCCAAGGAUUACGAAGCAGACCAUGGUUGAUGUCUUGGACGGAAAGUACAGCGAGAAGUUUGACCAGAAGAUGGUCAUUGACUGCCGAUUCGAGUAUGAGUAUGAGGGCGGCCACAUCGAUGGAGCUGUCAACUACAACAGCAAGGAUCUUCUUGCCUCCCAACUAUUCCAACAUCCCAUGCAAGGACGAACCCUUCUCAUCUUUCACUGCGAGUACUCGGCUCAUCGCGCCCCGAUGAUGGCUCGCCACGUCCGCUCUGAGGACAGAACCGCCAAUGCCGAGCACUACCCCCACCUUACCUACCCUGACGUGUAUAUUCUAGAAGGAGGAUACAGCGGCUUCUUUGCCGAGCACCGCUGCCGGUGCUAUCCCCAAAACUACGUGGAAAUGUCUGAUGAAGCCCACCAACGCACCUGUGAACGGGAACUGGGCCGCCUCAAGAACCCUCGCAAGGGCUUCGGCAGAGCUCAAACGUUUGCUUUUGGCGAGCGCGAGUCCUGCGUGGACCAAUCACCCACUGCGCCCCCAAGACCCAACGGCCUCAGGCCCAGCAUCAGCUUCCGACAAGAUCCCACUACGAUGAUUGGCAACUCUCCAAUCCUCGGUGAACGCUGCCAUGCAAGACGCAUGGCUUCGUACUAG